UCUUUGUCCUCUCCAUAUUGGCUUCGAGCCACCCAAAAAGAAAUUAUUUCGUGUAAACGCACUACAGAAAUAUAAACCCGCAACGCUACAACGCCUCGUAAAAUCAAGACCCGUCUUUUUUACUCUCUCUGCUCACUGCUCAGAAACAAACAAAGACCAUAACACAGUACAAGUACAAACUACUCUCUCUCUCUCUUCUUUCUAUAUCAGAGAGUUACUGUUUUCUCUUCUCUAUAUUUGCAUGGCCAUAAACACUGCUACUGCAAUGAAGCCCAAGGCGGCCCACAAUGUUAACGCCAAUAAUGGCACUGCCAGUGAUGGCAGUGCCGACAGCAAUUCUCCUAGUCCACCACCGUCUCCUCGCCGUAACCACCUUAUAGGUAUCCCCCAAAGCCGUCGUCGACUUCGGUCUAAACUUCAGUCUCACUUUCGCCGGGAGAAUCUCACUGCCGGGAUCUUUCUCCGGUGGAACAUCCGGUACUUGGUGGUCUUGCCGUUGUUGUAUAUUUCUGGUUUGAUUAUGUGUGUGGGACCUUUCUCGGCCUUUUUGCUUCAGCCUAGUCUUCCAGGUGCCGUGUAUCGUAGUUCCGAGUUGUUUGCGAAGCUUUGGCCUGAUAUUGCUGUUGAUAAUUCUACUGCAAUUGAGUUAUCUUCUGUAUGGAAGUUCACGAGGAGGUUGAAAGUACAGAGACCUUGUCCAGAUUCAACUGCCAGGCAACAUUUUGCUGCAAAUAAUGAAGAGCCAGCUGGCCCGAAUGGUUACUUGAUUGUUGAGGCAAAUGGUGGUCUUAACCAACAGCGUUCUGCGAUUUGCAAUGCAGUUGCUUUAGCUGGACUGUUGAAUGCUAUACUAGUCAUACCCCACUUUGAAUUCAACCGUGUUUGGAGGGAUCCAAGUGAUUUUGGAGACAUAUAUGAUCUGGAGCAUUUUAUAGCCACCCUUGAGGGUUAUGUGAAAGUGGUUAAAGAGCUACCUGAUGAAGUGAUGGCAAGAUAUGACUACAACGUUUCUAAUAUUAUAAACAUUCGUGUCCAAGCAUGGGCUCCUGCUAAAUACUAUCUGGGAGAAGUUCAUCCUCUGCUUAGGGAGCAUGGCAGGGUUAUCCGCAUUGCCCCCUUUGCCAAUAGAUUGGCAAUGAGUGUCCCACCUCAUAUUCAAUUGUUGAGGUGCAUUGCUAAUUAUAAGGCACUGAGGUUCUCUUCUCCCAUAUCGACACUCGCACAUAAAUUAGUAAAUCGAAUGAUUGAAAACAGCUCAAGGACUGGUGGAAAAUAUGUGUCGAUCCAUCUCCGUUUUGAGGAGGAUAUGGUGGCCUUCUCUUGCUGUGUGUAUGACGGAGGAGAUGCUGAAAAGCAAAAAAUGGAUUCAAUUAGAGAAACAGAGUGGAAGAGGAAAUUCAAAAGAAAAGACCGUGUCAUUUUACCUGGUCUUAAUCGGAUUGAUGGAAAAUGCCCUCUAACUCCCCUGGAGGUUGGGAUGAUGCUUCGCGGUAUGGGGUUUGAUAACAACACAUCAAUUUAUUUGGCCUCGGGGAAAAUUUACAAGGCAGAAAGGUAUUUAGCUCCUUUGUUGCAGAUGUUCCCCCUUCUUUACACCAAGAAGUCUCUUGCAACCCCAGAUGAGCUUGCUCCUUUUGAGGGCUAUUCUUCAAGGUUGGCAGCUUUGGAUUAUACUGUAUGCUUGUUUAGUGAGGUUUUUGUUACGACUCAAGGUGGGAACUUCCCACAUUUUUUGAUGGGUCAACGGAGAUUCUUUUUUGAUGGGCAUGCAAAGACCAUUAGGCCUGACAAGCGCAAGCUUGUUGUUCUCCUGCAGGAUAUGGAAAUCAGUUGGAAGACCUUUAAGGAUCAGAUGGGAGCAAUGCUUGCUGAAAGUGAUCGCAAGGGAGUGAUGGUACCUAGAGUCAGAAAAAUCAACAGAAAAACUUCCAUUUAUACAUACCCUUUACCAGAAUGUGGGUGUCUACUAUCACACAACUCAUCACUCAAAUUAACACACACUACAAAUAUGCUCGAGUCCACAAGAUAACCAACAAGAUUUGUCCCCACGUUAGUAUUUCUCCUGUACAGGCACAAAUCGUGCAUUGAUAGUAUUGUGCAGCUUGGUGUGGCCUGUUGAUGAAAAGCCUAAAGUCUUGCGGGCAAAGCAGAUGGCUAUCGCAGUUAGCAUGGAGAGAUUCAGGAAUUCCAGUUUUGAUAAUAUAAGGAAUUCUUCAUCUGGUGUUAUUGUUUAACUUUCUGCAAAAAUGCAUCGAGCUCUUCGAAACCUCGGUUAAUUAUAUCUGUAUCUAGUUUUUAAGUGUUGAUUGAGUGCAAAAGGCAAUUGUUGGUUUCAGGAGAUUGACUUGCUAGCUCUGGUAAGGUGGGCCAUAUGAAUACCCAUUACUUCCUUUUUUUAACCUCUUCUAUAGACUCGGUACAGUUGCUAAAAUUUUUUCCCCUUGACAUCUUUAAUGUAAUUAUACUCGGCAUGAAUCGUCUUAAGUUUUAUUUUUGUUCCUCUUUUUGUGCAAAAAAUAAAUUCUAACAGUUUCAACAUUUCUGGAA